GCUGUAAAUUUACUUCAUCUUAUAAAUUAUCAUCAGCUGUUGAUCAAAGUCGACUAGUUUUGAAUCGAUAGAACAAUUUCGAGGAGAAAAUUAGGCGUUUGGAUCGAAGAUGAGUUAUCAGAAAGUGCCGCACGAAAAUUACCCUCCUCCAGGGUAUGGGACGGUGUACCCUCCGCCGUCGGCGUAUCCGUCCGCGCCACCUCCGCCACCGCCAGAGGGGUAUCCGUAUCCUCCUCCGUCAGCGCACGAGGGGUAUCCAUAUCCGCCUCCGUCACUGCACGAGGGAUAUCCGUACCCGCCCCCUCGGCCGACAGGGUAUCCGUACCCGCCUCCGCCGCAGCAGCACGGCGGGGGAUAUCAAGGAUAUUUCAAUCAUGGAUCUCCGCCUCCUCCACCUUCCUACCACGUUCACCAUUGUGAUCACGAUGAUGGUUCCUCCUUUUUCCAAGGCUGUCUUGCGGCCCUUUGUUGCUGUUGCGUACUGGAAGAAUGCUGCUUCUGAGUGAUGGACUUAACCGUGCAAGACGAGGACCUCAUGGAAAUACUAUUAUUUGUUUUAUGACAAUGUCUACUCGUAUAAUUCUUGUCAUUAAGUUACCUAAGCUGUAUUUGUAAUCUUGGUAAUAUGCAAGUACUGUUGAAUUGGAUUCUGGACAUAUAGAACCUCGCGGAAAUACAAUUGGAUUGUCUUCUCUUAUAGUUCUUA